AUGCCAUCAAACUGGAUCAAUGGUGUUUGGACUGGUGUUGGUUAUCAACAAGAGGGAGUUACAUGGACAAUCCGAUUGACUGCUGAUGAGAACAAUAAUGAAUUUCGUAUUCAAUAUCCAUCUCUUGGUGGAAGUGAUGGUAUAUGGAAAUUGUUGGAAAAAGAUUCAUCGGCAGAUCGAUAUACAUUUCAUGAAGUUAAUACGCAACCCGGCGGUAUUACUCGUGACGGCGGCAAAAUAAUUUUAACAAAAGUUAGUGAUAAUCUCAUGUCCUACAGUUAUUUUCGUCCACCACAAUUUGAUACUGUAACGUCAUGGUCAACAUUAAAACGAGAAUAA